AUGACCAUGAAUAACUUCAUUGCAACAUUUGCUGUGCUUCUCUUGUUUUGGUUUCUAUUGGCAGACACUUCCAUCUUUAGCUCAAGUGAUGGACAACCACGAACUAGUAUUCUUUGCAGUGAAAAGGAAAAAAGAGCCCUUCUAAGCUUCAAACAUGGUCUCACGGAUCCUGCAAACAGGCUAUCAUUAUGGUCUGGUCAUCAAAACUGUUGUCAAUGGACAGGAGUCCACUGCGACAAUGUAACAGGCAGAGUCAUUGAGCUCCACCUCCGCAAUCCAUACGAUAUCGUCAGUUAUGACUCUUACGAGAUGUACAAGUUGGGUGGUAAGAUUACUCCCGCGUUGCUGGAAUUAGAAUUUCUAAGAUACUUGGACUUGAGCUGGAAUGAUUUUGCAGGUGCGAGUAUUCCAAGUUUCUUAGGUUCUAUGAAAUGUUUAAGAUAUCUUGACCUCUCAACAGCAGUAUUUGGGGGGGCGGUUCCUCAUCAGCUUGGGAAUCUCUCAAGCCUUCGCUAUCUCAAUUUAGGUGGAAAUGGACUUUAUUUGGAAAACCUUAGUUGGAUUGCUCAUCUUUAUUCUUUGGAAUACCUUGACAUGAGUAGCAUUGAUCUUCACAAGGCAACCGAUUGGCUUCAAGCAUUGAGCAUGCUCCCUUCCCUUUCAGAACUGCAUUUGUCCCUUUGUCGACUUGACAAAAUGACUCCUCCUCAGAGUUAUGUUAAUUUUACAUCUCUUGAAGUCCUUGAUUUUUCUGCCAACCGUUUUAAUUGCAAGAUACCUAAUAGGUUGUUUAAUCUCAGCAAUAGUCUUGUUUCCAUUGAUCUGAGCUUCAAUUAUCUAUAUGGUCACAUACCAAGUAGCAUAUUAAAUCUUCACAUGUUGAAAAGUCUGUAUUUGCAGGACAACCAUCUUUCUGGGAAAAUUCCAAAUAAUAUUGGCCAGCUGAAACAUCUCAAAUAUAUUCUUCUUUAUAUGAACUCAUUGUCCGGUCCCAUUCCUACAUCUCUCGGAAACUUAUUGUCCUUAAGGGAGUUGUAUCUUUCUAGUAAUCAACUGAAUGGUACUCUUCCAAAGAGUAUUGGGCGGCUUCCAAAUCUAGAGACCUUAUACAUUGGAAAUAACUCCUUAGGAGGCAUUGUUUCUGAAGUGAAUUUCGCGAAACUCUCAAAAUUGAAGGUCCUUGAAAUUUCUUUAAACUCUUUCUCCUUUAAGGUGAAUUCUGAUUGGGUUCCUCCCUUUCGACUCGAGUCCAUUGCAAUGGGUUCCUGCAAGAUGGGUCCAAAGUUUCCUGCAUGGCUAUGA